AUGGGCGGAAGCAAGGGCAAAGCGCCCCAGCGCAGGGCUCUACCCGGGAGGCCAGCCUCAGCGGAGCAGGAGUCAGGGUCUGCCAGCGCUGACGGCGCCCCCAGCCACAGUCGCAGACCUGCCCGCGGCAAAGCCCACAGGACCAGGCCCGCUAAGGAGCCCGAUGCCACCUCUGGAGGCCGCAGGAAGCCCAUCGAAGAGGAGAGCCACCGCUGCAGAAAUGCAGGGCCUGGUACAUCACUGGAGACCCAGGAGAGGGAGGACAGCUCGCAGCCUCGGGGCCACAGGUCCACAGGGAGCCGUGAGCCUAGGCACAGUCGUGGGGAGCUCCCCGAGGAACAGAGACACCUCGGAGAAGAAGAGUGGAUGCUCAAGCGUGGCCGCCGCAGGAAAGGAAAGGAGCGGGGACCUUCAGCUCUGCGAGGCGGUGGAGAGACUCCUGGCAGGGAUGGGGACACGUCGGGCGGCGAUGGUGGCAGCUCGUGCCUGGACAGUGAACACCACGAGGCCCUGGACAGUGGUGGGGCCUCGGAGCGGCCAAUCAAGACCGAGCCUUCUGACAAGAGCACAGAAGGUGCCCUUAUCAGAAGACGGGAAUCAAUGGACAACAACCAUCAGGGCAAUGAUGGACAGGCCUUGGAGCUCUCUAGCAGGGAAGGGCCGUUGGGGACAGGGUCUCAGGGAACGAGUGAUGAUUCCCGGACAGAUACAGAUUCAAGUCCGGGGUGGCCCGGGCACAGAUGUCGCCCGCAGAAGACCCCAGGAACCUCAAGCCGCAUCCCUGAGUCCCAGGAGACAGAGCUGAGCAGGGAAGCCGCAGCCUCCAGCUCCCUCGAAAGCAGCUGUGCAAGCGCCCCCAGGGGUUCUCAGGGUCCUCGGGACUUCAAAGAGAACGCAGACACCAGUGACGUCGAGGCCCAGCCAAAGGCUGAGCUGCAGGACACUGAGCCUGAGACAGAGGAGCCCCCUAGGGCUCAGCGCCUCCAGGUCGGAGAGGUGACGGGGAAGGUGCAAGUGGUUGUGAGCGAGAGAGACACGGGAGCCAGAGAAGGAGCAGGUGCAGGGGACCGACGAUCCCGGGACCCGGCGCCGCUGGCUGCACUCGUGGUGCUCCGCAAGCUGCGCGCGAGGGCCCCGACUGGCGAGUCUCCCCAGCUCGCGGGUGGCCUCCACGUGGGCCUCAAGGCACGGCUGCAGCGUGUGGCUCGGGCCCUGGGUUUCCUGCGCUGGCUGCGACUGCGGCUGGAGCAACGUCGGGGUGACGAGCGCAGGGCGAGCCCGCGGGAGCAGGAGGAGCGCAGCCGCGAGAGGGCGCUCGAGGCGCGGGGCAGGGCGCCUGGGCUACCGCGCUGGCGGGCCAUAAGCCUGGCCUGCCGGGCGGUGCUCCGACGACCGUCGCGGGCGCCCCCUGGCGGCAGUCUGAGUCCUCAGCAGGCGCUGACUAGCUCAGGCUCAGCCGGUGCUUCCGUCGUCGAGGAUGCAGCUUCAGAUCCAAAGUUCGCGGUGGUCUUUCCCCGGGUCCACAGUGCGGAGAAGGAGUCGUGCAGCAGCACCUCAGGAGCAUCCACGGACGCCCCCACUGGGGAAGGCCACGUUUCGUCUCCUGCAGGGCCUACAGAAUGCAGGGAGGAGCAAGGGGCUAGUGAAGAAGGAGUUGUCAGGUCCGGCCAGGCUCCCUCCUUUGCUCCGUCUUCCCCCAGUGGGACCCCACCGGAUGAGAACCAGAGCGAAGCAGAGCCAGAGACCUUGGAAGUGGAGACUCGGGUGCACUGGGCACAGGGCACUACUCCCUGCGUAGACCCUGAGCUUGGGUCUGAUUCUCUGCUGCCUCAACUUACCUUGGAGACUCGCCUAAGGCAUAACAGCCCCGGCAGGUCCCCAAGGGAGCGGUGGGAGCCAGAGGAUGACGCUGAGGCAGCACUGGAAAGGGACCUGGAGCUGAGCCUCCGGAAGGACCUAGAGAUGCUACACUUCCCGGGUGCUAAGGCCACGAGUCUCUCAGAGGGCCUGGAAGAUAUUGAGGACCUCGCUCGGCUGCGGCUGGUGUGUGACAGCUCUGUGCUACUCUGCCUUAAGAAGAGGUUCCACCUGGGCCGCAUCUAUACUUUUGGGGGGCCCCUCCUGCUUGCACUGAACCCCCACCAGCCACUGCCUCUCUUCUCACCUGAGGUCUCAACCAGCUACCAUCCCAGGAAGGCCCCGAACACCACACCGCACAUCUUCGCUGUUGGGGCAGCAGCCUAUAGCCUGUCUCAGAGCCCUGGACAGGACCCCUGCAUCCUGCUGGGGGGCUACAGUGGCUCUGGGAAGACAGAAGCUGCCAAGAGGAUUGUGGAGUUUCUAAGCAGCCUGGGGCAGAAGCAGACGGAGUUGGGAGGGGCUCAGCUGGAGGAUAUACUGCCCGUGCUCAGCAGCUUUGGCCAUGCCAAGACCAUCCUCAAUGCCAAUGCCAGCCGCUUUGGCCAGGAGUUCUGCCUCUGCCUGCAGCAGGGAGUCACGGUAGGCGCCUCUGUGUUCCACUAUCUGCUUGAGACCUCCAGAGUGGUGUUUCAGGGCCGAGCCUGCAGGCUCCAGGACAAAGAGGAUGCUCAGGACUUCAAAGGGCUGCUGAAGGCCCUGCGGGUGCUGGGCUUGUGUGCAGAGGAGCUGACUGAAGUCUGGGCUGUGCUGGCCACCAUCCUGCACCUGGGAAACAUCUGCUUCUCUUCCUCAGAGCGGGAGUCCCAAGAGGUGGCUGCUGUGUCCAGCUGGGCUGAGAUUCACUUGGCAGCCCGGCUCCUACAGGUGCCACCUGAGUGCCUAGAAGGGGCCGUCACCAAGAGGGUCAUGGACACGCCCUAUGGCCGGGUCUCCAGAUCUCUGCCGGUGGAAAGUGCUAUCGAUGCCAGGGAUGCCCUAGCCAAGACCCUGUACUCAAGGCUCUUCAGCUGGCUUCUGAAGCAGAUCAAUGUGCGGCUGGCUCCACCAAGGGAAGCAGCCGGUGUGGUCACCAUCACUGUCAUGGAUGUCUAUGGUUUUGAGGCACUGCGGGUGAACGGCUUGGAGCAGCUGUGCAGCAACCUGGCCAGCGAGCGCCUGCAGCUCUUCUCCAGCCAGAAGCUGCUGGCCCAGGAGGAGGAGGAAUGCCAGCGGGAGAUGCUGAGCUGGGUGCCCAUAACCCAGCCUCUGAGGGAGUCCUGCCUGGACCUCCUGGUGGGCCAGCCCCACAGCCUUCUGAACAUACUGGAUGCCCAGACAUGGCUAUCGCAGGCCACAGACCACACCUUCCUCCAGAAGUGCCACUAUCACCAUGGUGACCACCCAAGCUAUGCCAAACCUCAGCUGCCCCUGCCCAUCUUCACCGUGCGGCACUAUGCUGGGACCGUCACCUACCAGGUGCACAAGUUCAUAAACAGAAACAGGGACCACCUGGACUUUGCCAUAGUGGAGAUGCUUGGACAGAGCCAGCUGAAGCUUGUGGGCAGCCUGUUCCAGGAAGCAGAACCAGAGGGAGAAAGAGAGCAGAGCAAGCCCACUCUGGCCUCUCGAUUCCAGCAGUCCUUGGGGGACCUGCUAGCCCGGCUAGGCAGGAGCCACGUCUAUGUCAUCCAUUGUCUCAAGCCCACCCCUGGAAAGCUCCCUGGCAUCUUUGAUGUGGGACAUGUGGCAGAGCAGCUGCGCCAGACUGGCAUCCUGGAGAUCAUAGGCACCCGAAGUGCCCACUUCCCCGUGCGAGUGCCCUUCCGGCUCUUCCUGGCCAGGUUCCGGGCCCUGGGAUCCGGGAGCCAGGAAACUCUCUCUGACCAGGAGAGGUGUGGAACCAUCCUCAGCCACGUGCUGGGGGCAGAGUCUCCAGUCUAUCAUCUCGGAGCCACCCAGGUCCUGCUGCAGGAGCAGGGCUGGCACCAGCUAGAACAGCUAUGGGCUCAGCGACGCUCUCAGGCCCUGCUCACUCUGCACCGAGGACUCCGAGCCUGUAUCACCCGCCAGCGCCUCCGCCUCCUGCCCCGAAUUCAGGCUCGCGUGCGUGGACUCCAAGCCAGGAAGCGAUACCUCCAGAGGAAGUCAGCUCUGGGACAGCUGAAUGCUAUCCUCCUUGUAGCUCGGCCCCUGCUCCAGAGACGACAGAAACUGCAGGACCUGGGGCGCUUGGAGAUCCCAGCCCAGCUGGCUGCUCUUCUGCGGACAGCGGAAGGCCGCCAGGGCACCCAGGCUGGGAACAUCACAGAGUCCCUGCCACCUGAGGUUCCUGUCCGGCCCAGCCUGACCCUCCCUCCGGACAUUGACCAGUUUCCCUUCUCCAGUUUUGUGUCCUCCAGUUUCCAGAAGCCAUAUCUGCCUAGACCGGGGCAGCUACUGGAUGAGCCCCUGACCCGCAUGAAUGGCGAGAACCCUCAGCAGGCUCUGGAGAUCAACAGGGUGAUGUUGCGGCUCCUGGGGGAUGGAUCCCUGCAGCCCUGGCAGGAACAGACCAUUGGCACGUUCCUGAUACGGAAGGCCCAGCACCAGCCGGGACUUCGGGAUGAGCUCUUCAGUCAGCUGGUGGCCCAGCUGUGGCACAACCCAGACGAGCAGCAGAGUCAGCGUGGCUGGGCCCUGAUGGCCGUCCUCCUCAGCUCCUUCCCCCCUACACCUGCCCUGCAGAAGCCGUUGCUCAAAUUCGUAUCUGACCAGGCCCCCCGAGGCAUGGCAGCAUUGUGCCAGCACAAGCUCUUGGGUGCCCUGGAGCAAACACCGCUAGUUCCCAUGGCCUCAAGGGCCCACCCACCCACGCAGCUUGAGUGGAAGGCUGGAUUGCGGCGGGGCCGGAUGGCCCUGGAUGUGUUCACAUUCAAUGAGGGGAGCUACUCUGCAGAGGUGGAGUCCUGGACCACGGGAGAGCAGUUAGCAGGGCGGAUCCUCCAGAGCAGAGGCCUGGAGGUGCCCCCUCGUGGCUGGUCUGUGUCACUGCAUUCUGGGGAUGCUUGGCAAGACCUGGCUGGUUGUGACUUUGUGUUGGACCUGAUUGGCCAGACUGAGGACUUUGGAGACCCAGCUGGUUCCCGCAGCUACCCCAUCACUCCCUUUGGUUUAGCUGAGAACAUCCCUCCAGCCCCUGGCGUUCAGGCUCCCUCCCUGCCCCCAGGACUCCCUCCAGGUCCAGCCCCAACACUGCCUGGCAGCAGCCCCCCAGGUGAGGCCAGGAAGCCGGGAAGCCUUGAUGGUUUCCUGGACCACAUCUUCGAGCCGGUUCUCUCCGGGGGCUUCAGUGAUCUGGAACAAGGCUGGGCCCUGAGUAGCCGUAUGAAGGGAGGGGGCUCCAUUGGGCCCACCCAGCAGGGUUACCCCAUGGUGUAUCCAGGAAUGGUGCAGGCACCCAGCUACCAGCCAGCUAUGAUGCCCGCACCAAUGCCCAUGAUGCCAGCAAUGGGCACAGUCCCAACCAUCCCAGCCAUGAUGGUCCCACCACAGCCGCAGCCUCUGCUUCCCAGUUUGGACUCCAGGCAGCUGGCGGUACAGCAGCAGAACUUUAUCAACCAGCAGGCGAUGAUCUUGGCCCAGCAGAUGACGACCCAGGCCAUGAGCCUGUCUCUAGAGCAACAGAACCAGAGACGCCAGAACGGGGCUCAGGCCUCAGCGGCUGCCUCCCAGACUCCACCCUCCGUCACGGCUCCCAAACCCCAGAAGCUGACUGCGCCCCAGAAGACGCUAGAGAGUCGCCCAGAACCUUUGGAUGACACUCCAGAGGAAACUGAAGCCAGGCCUCCACGCCCCAAGAGCUUCCAGCAGAAACGGGACUAUUUCCAGAAGAUGGGGCAAGAGCCAAUCAGGGUGAAGACCGUGAAGCCUCCAGUCAAGGUUCAGAUCCCCCAGGAGGAGACAGAGGAGAGUGAGGAGGAAGAGACAGCUGAGCCGACCCCGCCACCUCCUCCUCCAGUUGUGAAGAAGCCAUUGAAACAAAGUAAGCCCAAAGCGGUGAGGGAAGAUGAGGCGGAACCAGCAAAGAAGGAAGCACCCAACAAGGACAGAAUAGAGCCCACCCAGGACAGAGAGCCCACAGUGCACAGCUCCAACUCCACACCCCAGCGCCCAGAACCCAGCAGGGAAAUUCGCAACAUCAUCCGCAUGUACCAGAGCCGCCCAGGCCCCGUGCCUGUGCCGGUACAACCCACCAGGCCUGUGAAAACUUUUCAGAAGAAAAAUGACCCUAAGGAUGAGGCUUUGGCAAAGCUGGGAAUAAACGGUGCCCACUUGCCGCCAUUGACGACGUCUCCUAACCAAAGCAAGGGCUCCCCACCCGUUGUGGCUCCUCGACCCAAGACUCGACCAAGACUUGAGCCCUCCCUAUCCAUCCGGGAAAAGCAGGGACCCCUUCGGGACUUGUUUGGCCCACAUAGCCCAAGUCCAUCCAUAACUCCGGCACCCCCACCUCCACCCCCACCUCCACCAGCACUUCCAUUGUCUCUGCCUGAGGAACCCAAGACCCGUUCAGUGGAGUCUCGUGCCCUGAUGGAGCCCAUGGAGGAUCGGGGGAUCUCCACUCAGCUCCUCGUGCCGUCUGGUAGCGUGUGCUUCUCCUACACAAAUGCACCCUGGAAAUUGUUCUUACGCAAGGAGGUGUUCUACCCCCGGGAGAACUUCAGCCACCCCUACUGUCUCAGCCUUCUCUGCCAGCAGAUCCUGAGGGACACCUUUGCAGAGUCCUGCAUCAGGAUCUCCCAGGAGGAGCGGCACAAAAUGAAAGACCUGCUGGGAGACUUGGAGGUGAGCCUGGACUCCCUUGACACUGCUGAAGACACCAUCAAAAAACGCAUCGUGGUGGCCGCUCGAGACAACUGGGCCAACUACUUCUCACGCAUCUUCCCAGUCUCGGGUGAGAGCGGCAGCGACGUGCAGCUGCUGGGUGUGUCGCACCGCGGACUGAGGUUGCUGAAGGUGACCCAAGACCCUAGCUUCCACCUGGAGCGGCUCAAGACACUCUGCUCCUACAGCUUUGCUGAGGUGUUGGCUGUGGAGUGCAGCGGCGGCUCCACCCUGGUGCUGUCACUGAAGAACGAGCAGCUCAUGCUGCACACAGCCCAAGCCAGGGCCAUCAAGGCCAUGGUGGAGCAGUUCCUGAGUGAGCUCAAGAAGGACUCUGGCUACGUCAUCGCUCUGCGCAGUUACAUCACUGAUGACCACAGCCUCCUCAGCUUCCAGCGUGGGGACCUCAUCAAGUUGCAGCCAGGGGUCUCUCCGGAGCCAGGCUGGCAGUUUGGCUCUGUUGGAGGCCGCUCAGGACUCUUUCCUGCCGACAUGGUGCAGCCAGCUGCUGCUCCGGACAGCUCCUUUUCCCUGGGACAGAGAAACAGCUGGCAGCGCGGUAAGAGUGGGAACAGGGCUUCUGGGUUAGGUGGUGGGUGGGCACUGCGGUGGUACCAAUUCCUGUGCUCCCAGCGCCCCACCCAUCCCGGGAGCCAAGAACCCAGUGAAGGCUCAGAGGCCACCUCGUACACAGCCUACAGCUCCCUCUCUGCUGACUCCCACAGCUACACCAUGCAGGAAUUUGCCCUGCGCUACUUCCGGAAGCCUCAUACCUCGCUGACACAGGCAGGCAGAGGUGCCAAGAAGAAGGCUGCAGCCAACCUGAUCCAGUACAGCAAGGACCCCAUCCAGGAAUCCCUCAUCAGUCUCAGCAAUGAGGACAUGAACAAGAGGGCUGUGGCUGGCUUCAAGGCUCUGAUGCAGUUUAUGGGGGACCAGCCUAAGCCCCGGAGCACAGACGAACUGGCUCUGCUCUAUGAGCUGCUGAAGCUGUGCCAAGAGGACCUCAGAGAUGAGAUGUACUGCCAGGUCAUCAAGCAAGUCACAGAACACCCUGAGCCGAAGCACUGCGCUCUGGGCUGGAGCAUCCUCAGCCUCUUCACGGGCUUCUUUGCACCGUCUACCACUCUGAUGCCCUAUGUGACCAAGUUCCUGCAGGAUUCCAGUCCUAGCCAAGAACUGGCCAGGAGUAGCCAGGAAAACCUCCAGCGUACGGUUAAAUAUGGGGGGCGCCAGAAGUUACCACCACCGGGUGAAAUGCAAGCUUUUCUGAAAGGGCAAGCGCUUCGUUUGCUUCUGAUUCAUCUGCCUGGUGGUGUGGAGUACAGGACAAACAUAGAGACCUUCACGGUGUCAGGGGAAGUGCUUCAGGAGCUGUGUGGACAGAUGGGCAUCACAGACCCGCAGGAAGUGCAGGAGUUUGCCCUCUUCCUCAUCAAGGGCGAAGGUGAGCUGGUUCGGCCACUGUCGCCCCAUGAGUACAUCAACAGUGUCAUGACAGACCAGGACAUGAGCCUGCACAGCCGGCGGCUUGGCUGGGAGACCCCGCUGCACUUCGACCACCCCACCUACACCGAAAUCCACUAUGGCCAGGUGCUUCGGGACUACCUGCAAGGGAAGCUGAUGAUCAGUGCCCAGGAAGAUGCUCAACUUGCCCGGCUGGCUGCCCUCCAACACCUCAGGAAAGCCAGCAAAAGUCCGCCAUCGGAGCAAGAGCUGCUGGCUUACAUCCCCAAGCCACUGCAAUGGCAGGUGAACACAGCCAGCAUCAAGAGCUUAGUGAGCCAGGAGCUGAAGCAGAUGCAAGGCUGCAGCUCUCUGAGAGCACAGACAGACUUCAUCGAGACCACGGCCCAGCUGCCCCUCUUUGGCUACACUGUGUAUAUGGUACUGAGAGUGAGCAAGCUUGUUCUUCCUGGACCUGUCCUCCUGGGGCUCAACCGCCACCAUCUUGUCCUCAUGGACCCCAGUUCCCAGAAACCCUGCUGCUCCAUCCCCUUGAAAGACCUGCAGCGGCUCCACCUGCUCAGCCCACUGCAGGACGAUGGGGUCCCUGGCCUGGAACUCAACUAUGGCUCCGCUGAUAACCCCAAGACCAUCUGGUUGGAGCUGCCCCAGGCCCAGGAGCUGAAGCACACCAUUGUCUUCCUGAUGGAGGAGGGCAGCAUGUCCUCCACGCAGUGGCCAGGCCUCGGCUGAGUCUCCCUGAGCAGUCUGCCUUGGAUGUUGGGUGGUUCUCGCUCAUCUUCGCUGCCUGGCCCCUGCCCUGAAAUUUCCUGCAGCAUAACCCCAAGUGAGGGUCAUGAGGCAGGGGUUGCCACAGUGACAUCAACUGAGGAAGCGAGCAGACACAUGCCCUCCGAGGUGCACUGAACCCAGAGCUGGGGCUGUAGGAACUUGGCCUGGGCGUCUGACGUCCUGCCUGGGGAAAAUGCCCACUUAGCUCUAGGGCCAGCACCGGGCCUGGAUGAAGCAGCUUCAGCACAAAUAAAACGACCGUGUGUGAACAU